AAUUAAGAGCAUUUUAAGUGUGUUUUGUUGCUUAAUUCAUGUAGAAAAUUAGUUAAUUGACUGCUGUGAUUUUUGGAGAGAAAAUCUCGUGAAAUUAGCUAGUGUUUUGACCAAUUUUGGAAGUGCAGUUACUGUUCACAGCACUGUUCACGGGCACUGUUCAUGAAGUAAUGGCUAACAAUUAACAGAGAUUUAAAUGUUUAGUUUGUGAUAUAAGAACAAAUGUGGAGAUUGAUAGGAAUAGCAUCGUGAUUAGGGGUGAUCUUAAUGAAGUUUUCACUUUGAAUUUGUGGUAGUGCGAUAUUAAUUCUUGGAUAUUUUGAUUAGGCUCCCGAUUGUUCUAUUAGUUUAGCAUUGAGAUCAAGGCUUCGGUUUUAUGCAAGUGAGGAAGCGAAACUGAGGACGAGAAAACCAUGGGAAGUGACGAGUUAGAAGGCUAGUCAUUUCGAGAUUGAUAUAGAUUUUAGAUAUAAAUCAUGAUCUUGUAAACUAGAGUGUAUUUAGAGAUUUUAUGAUAUCAAAACAGAUUUUAAGAUCUUAUCUUCAGAUUUUGUGGUAUCAGAUUGUGGUAUGAUAAGUUCUGAGCCUUGUGCAUUUGUGGGACCCUCUCACGAGUGCACAGCGUCUAUCGCGCCUCGAAUUUGGGUUUUGGGGCAUGAUAGAUUUAGUGGUAUCAGAGCUUAAGUUUAAAUUAAGGAGCAGAUUGAGUGGCAUCAGAGCUUAGGUUUAAUUAAAUACCUAGGUUUAAUUGAAUACCUAGGAUUUGUUUGGAACUUGGCUAGCCAAUAGAUUUUAGAACCGUGGUGAGACGAGUGAUGGGAUUAUACAAGGGACGAUUUUGAUUUAUGUUGCCUGAAUUUUCUAAUCCAUUUUGAUGAGAUGGUGAUCGGAUUGUUCUUGUUUCUUGCCUUCAUACCCUGUGUAGAUUCAUGAAAUUAAUCUUGUCCACCAUGUUCUUAAGGCCUUAUUUUGAAACUUGGUCAUUUUCUGAUAGUCUGCACUUGUUUAGACUUGUUACUUGAAUAGAAUUUUUGUAUGCUCUUUUGCCACCAUUGUAAAACCUGGGGAGUUGCAGAGAUCUUUUAUUAUUGAUCCUGUUGGUCUCUACAGCAUAGCUGGUUGAGAAAUUUAUUCUGUUUGCCCCCUGACCAAUGGAAGAUGGGCAACCCUUUACUUUGUAAGAGAUUCAAGGCUAUUUUAGCAAAUGUUGUGUGUUUUCUAGAUGCGUUUUAGGAGCUGGAUAACUUGGAUGACUUGAUUGUAAAUCUGCUUAGCCUCCAUGAGCUACGAGGUGAAAGGGUAGUCUUUGAAGUACCUGAUGCCCUAGAGUUUUGUUUCAACAGAAAUGGUUCUUUUAUCUAACUGUUUUGAUUUUGUUUGCCCUUUUAAUUAGAAGACAAUAAUCUUCUAAGUAUCCUGAUCCUCAUUAUUGAUUAUUCUGUUCAUUAAUUCGUGUUACUUGGGGUGCUAGAUCUUGACAUCCUGGUUAUAUUUGCUCUUGAAUCCAUGUUCUGGUUGUCAUUAUUGAAAUCUCUUUUAUGGGCCUAAUCCUUGAAUUCUAUUGCUUGUUUCAUGGUCAACUCUUGUCUCUCAAUUUUGAUUGCUUGGUUAAAUUUGAUCUUGAUUCUUGGUGAAUGUCGUUUUGUUGCUGAAUUUUUGAGACAUUCUACCUUGCACUCUUAUGUUCCAUUGUUUUGUUAAACAUGACCUUACUUAUUGGUUAACCUUGUUGUGGCAGAAUUUAUAAGGCAUCCAUGCACUUGUUCAUUCAUUCAUGAUCCAUAUAUCCAUUGGAUGCUAUCCGUCUUUGAUAGAGUUCAAGUCUUGUUGUACUCAUCUUUAAAUCCAUGCCAUUCUUUGCCAACUCGUCUUGUGUUGGGUUCAUAGCGUAACUCCACAAUUGUUCUUCUGUGGCUUUGGCAGGAUUUAUUUUUAUUUCUUGUGCUUCCUAUAUCACCCCAGCCUCUAAUAGCUUGUUUCAUGGUAAUCCUGUUCAGUAGUUAGUGUUCUGCUUCUAUGAUUAGUUGUGGUUUGAUUGAGUGGCGCAACAAAAGCGUAAUAGGCUAUGUUCUGUUCAUAAAGAGUUGGUGGAGCAUUCGUUUUGUCUUGGAUUGUGUGAAACCAUUCACCACUCAAAAUGAUCCUCGAUUCGAGUUUUGGGGACAAAACUCCUUUUUUUAGGAGGGGUGGAUGUAAUACCCCAAAAUUUUGUGCUAUUUUAGCAUUUAAAAAAUUAGUUAAUUGACUGCUGUGAUUUUUGGAGAGAAAAUCCAGUGAAAUUAGCUAGUGUUUUGACCAAUUUUGGAAGUGCAGUUACUGUUCACAGGCACUGUUCACGCACUAAUGGCUAACAAUUAACAGAGAUUUAAAUGUUUAGUUUGUGAUAUAAGAACAAAUGUGGAGAUUGAUAGGAAUAGCAUCGCAAUUAGGGGUGAUCUUAAUGAAGUUUUCACUUUGAAUUUGUGAUAGUGCCGUAUUAAUUCUUGGAUAUUUUGAUUAGGUUCCCGAUCGUUCUAUCAAUUUAGCACUGAGAUCAAGGCUUCGGUUUUAUGCGAGUGAGGAAGCGAAACCGAGGACGGGGAAACCAUGGGAAGUGACGAGUUAGAAGGCUAGCCAUUUCGAGAUUGAUAUAGAUUUUAGAUAUAAAUCAUGAUCUUGUAAACUAGAGUGUAUUUGGAGAUUUUAUGAUAUCAGAGCAGAUUUUAAGAUUUUAUCUUCAGAUUUUGUGGUAUCAAAUUGUAGUAUGAUAAGUUCCGAAACUUGUGUAUUUAUGGGACCCUCUCAUGAGUGCACGGCGUUUGUCGCGCCUCGAAUUUGAGUUUUAGGGCGUGACAUUUGAACUUUCACUU